AUGACUUCAUCACGGAAGAGAAAGGCCCUCAAAGCCUCUCUUAAGGCAACCCACACCCACAGAAAGAGAGCUGCAGUGCUAGCUGCUGCAUUUUCAGCUGCUGCAGUGGCAGUGGCCACCUUGCCCUAUUUUGACAAGAUUCCCCAGCACAACUCUAUCUUGACAGUCCAUUCAUGGGUCUGGGAGCUCUUAUCAGGACAUCCCUGUCGCUUCCAUAAUAUGAUGGGCCUUUCCAAGCCAGUAUUUCACUGA